AAAUGGUAUAGUCAGGGAAAUCAGCCCUCCCGCCAUCCCCAAUCUCUCUCUCUCUCUCUCUCUCUCCAUACUUUCUCUCUCUAGAUUGCUUCUGCUCUCAAACCCCAAAAUAGUGUCCCUAAACAAAACCCUAAUUUGAAAACCAGCCCUAAUUAAGCUGAUCCAAUGCACAACUCGGCCGCGGAGGUCGCCGGAGUCGGUGAUCUACAGCAACCCGUCAGCCGGAGAUUGGUCCACUCGACACUGUUCCCGCAUAGGUCGCAAGACAAUGCAACAGAGAAAGAGGACAAAGAUGGCGAUCAAAAGCCCAACGAAGAAGAAGAGUAUUGCGCGAGUCAAGGCAAGAAGAAGAGACAGCGAAAGUCCGGAGCUCCUAAGAAGGUUGCUGUAAAUGGCAAAGAGAUCCCGAGCAAGAAAGUGGAUGACAAAGAUUGUCCAGCUAUUGAGAAUAUGAAGAUGCCUAGACAGUUGAAGCGACAUGCAAAUUCUACACCAAAGAAGAAGCAGAUGCAGCAGGUGCAAACUACACCCAAAAAAAAAAUUAUGGAUGGUCUCCCUGAGCAAAUAUCAGACAGUCCAAUACAGAGUGGAAACACGACACAAUCAAUUCCUGAUGUACUGUUAGAGGCAAAAAUUAAAGCUGAGAUGGGUUCCCCAAAACAGAGGCAUUUCAACCUUGAAAAUCAACCCCUAAAUUCUCACAACUCUCCUCCUUCUCAGCUCAUCCAAAACCUCCUAUCCGCCAUUCAAGCUCCCCAGCAGGGUCUGAAACCACCACUACUAAAAAGCUUGUAUUAUCUGCUUAUCCAUUUGUCUUCUAAUCCUCCAACGUGUUAUCCAAGAGCUGGAACUGAUUCAACUUUUUGCAACAACGGAAUUGGUCAGUACGGGAUCAAGGUGUCAUUUGAAGAUAUAUGUAGUCUCUCUGAUAUAUCAUUCAAAGAGCUUUCUAAGAUGUUUAGGCAGUUUCUCUCUGUUUUACCUGAUGACUCUGCAAGUCAGUCUCCAGGACAAGCUAGGAUGCAGUUGGAUAUCAGGGCCACUGCUGAACAAUUAAAUCUUCAGUUAAGGUGUUGUAUGGUGUUGUUGAACUUGCUAGUAGCUGAUCAGUAUCGUCUUUUGGAAAACGGCCAAGUUCUUCUUGAUAUACUCAGAGAAUUAUGCUCACAGAAUUUAACCAACAGAAAUGAUGAUAAUACUAUCAGCUUCGAGAAAGUUUAUCACAAAUACAUAUAUAAUGACAAUGAUUGUAGCACCUCUUUCACCGAGGACAUUGUUGCUUCUUUGCAUUUUAUGGUGCCGGUUGAUCUUCGUCUACAUUACUUGUGCACAAUGCUUGAGGUGUUUGCAGAUGAGCUUUUGGUGCGUGGACAAUUAAGAGAGUACUUUAAGCUGAUUGAUUCUCGUUCGUCUACCAAUAGAAAGCUAUUUAUGUGCCACUCUAGUCAUGGUGAUAUCGGAAGUGUUAUAGAAGUUCUCUCUACUCAUUUUUGUCUAUCGUUACCAGAUGAGCAAGCAUUUGAAAAUUUCCUCAAUAGAUUGUUUUGGCUGCGUGGGGAGGAUUUCAGAGCUCCUGAAGUGAGCCUGACUGCAGUUUUAGUAUUGCUUCUCAAUCCUUCCAUGCUUUGUGCACCAAAAUUUCUCCAAGCGCAUCUGAUUUCCAUGGCUUCUGACACCAUUGGCAUGGGUUUGGAAAAUAUGAAGCCAGAUGUCAGACUAAUGGAUUGUUACUUAUCAGCAUUUGAAAGGUCAGUCAUCUUGUACUUGAAACACAUGUCAACUUUGCAAAUGAAUGAUUGUCCUUCAGGUGAUGAGGAUUCUGUUCUUAAAUUCAGUACAUAUGGGGGAAACUCUCAGCCAUCUUUCGAGUCUUACGUUAAAACAGACACAAGAAAAAAAAUUAAUGAUCUAAUUAGCAAGUUAGAUCAUUCAUGGCAAUCACGGUUACACAACAUUCUCUUGAGGAAAAAAUCUGACCUAGCCACUUCCUCUAUUGCAUACAUAAAGGAAAGCAAACAUAUUGUUGACGUAUCAUUCAGAGAUGAGAUUUUGUCAAACUUAAGCUGCAUUAUAUUGAAAGCUUUUUCUGAUGAAGUUGACAGUACUGCAUUAUAUGCUAGUGGGGAUACAAGUCCACAAGAUAUAUAUCUUCUUGCUUCGAUUUUGAAGUUAAUGAGUUGUUCAUUGUUACAAGCUAUUUGUUGUCUGAUGCAUAAUGGCAAUUUGGGUUGUUUGAAGACCUUGAAAGAUUUCUCUUCAUGCAAGGAAUAUGAUUCUAUAGUGAGAAUUAUCAGUUGUUUCCAACAAUUUAACAUCUGUUUACCAAUUCAAAAGCCGUUAUAUGGGUUAAUGGAAACUCACCCAACGCAGCAUAAAGAAUCCAAACUAAUGCUGUUGCAUUUUUUGGGUUUGCUAUCAUUAAGUGUCUGUACUGGGCUUGAUUUCUUAGUGAAGGGCUGCAUAUCGACAAUUGUGACAUUGAUGAAUCUCUUUGUUUUCGAAGAGGGUAAUUUAGAUGCAUUGAGGUUUGUUGACAGAUUAGAACCCAUUUCAUCUGGAUCACCUCAUGAUAAUGUUCAAGAGGUGGAUCAAAGCUCUAGCCUUGUAGUUGCAUCCAAAUUUCAGAAAAUCCAGACACUGUACUUGAGUGAAAAUGGGCAAGCAGAAACUUCAACAAAUUCCUCAGGCAAGGAUAACAUACAGUGUGUUGUUAGCAUAGAAGAGGAAAAGGAGGAAACCUGUAAUGGUGAGAUUUAUCUCAAGUGCGUACUGAAAACUGGGGAAAAACAAUCUGAAUUUGAUGAUUUGGUUGAUUUCGUUGAGUGCAAGAGGGGGAAGGAUUAUUCUGACUGGCUAAAGGAUCGACAAAGGUAUCGCAAAUGGAAAUGUGAGAAAAUGGCAGUAUUAAGGUGGAAAAAGAAGAAAAAAACUUGGAAAUAUAUGAAGGAGAGAGUUGUUUGUAGUUUGAAUGACUGAGUAAAUGCCUAUCAUUUUGAAGUCAAGUUCUGCUGUUGACGUCAUUGUGAGCCCUUUGUGCUUUCUGGCUAAACUUCAUUUGUUAUGGAUAUUUCAUUAACAGCUCCUGGGAAGCAGGUGAGAGCAAUGUUGCCAGUUUUGUUUGGCAAGUCAAGUGCUCUUCUUUGUGCCAGAAACCAUGUGUCAUGGCUGAGAGAAGGAGAAACUGUUGCAAUGUUGUAUUAGUUGUGCUCAUUAGGUUUGGUAGAUGCAUUAGGAUUGUGAAUCAUAAUGUAAAGAGAUCGAAUUAGGGAUCCUAUUAUAAUGUUCUUGAAUUAUGUUAGUAACAAAACUCUUUGUUUCUACUUUUUAUUUUUAUUUUUAUUCAAGAUCCUGUACAUGUGCUCACUUUGAGUACGAGAACUGAUUCUUAGAAUUUGAUUGUCGAUGUUUUGUUCAAGAUGGAAGAAACCUUUUCAAGCA